UCAUGGCAUUAUACAGUAUAGAAAUGGUCCCUUCAGCCCACUGUCCAUGCCAACCUUUUUAUUCUACCCUCAUUCCUGUCCACUCAAAUACACACUGGGGGCAAUUUAUACUGUUCAAUUAAAAGUCCAGAAGUCAUCUUGCAGUUGUAUUGAACUUUGGUUAGUCUUUAAUUGGGGUAUUGUGGUUGGUUCUGGUCAUCCCAUUGCAGAAAGGAGAGGCAGGCUUUGAAGACAGUGCAGGAUAGGUUCACCAGGACUGCCUGGAUUAGAGAGUAUUACAGUAGGUUAGUUUAGAGAUACAGCAUGGAAACAGGCCCUUCGGCCUACCAAGUCUGCAACGACCAAUGAUCUCCGCACAUUAAUACAAUCUUACACGCACUUGGUACAAAUUACCCUUAUAUUAAGUAUACAAACCCAAGCUAAUUAACCUACAAACCUGUGUGUGUUUGGAGUGUGGGAGGAAAACGAAGAUCUCAGAGAAAAUGCUCACAGUCAUGGGGAGGAUGUAUAAACUCUGUACUUACAGCACCCAAAGUUGGGAUUGAACCCGGGUCUCUGGUGCUGCAAGUGCUGUAAGGCAACAAUGGGAUAUCGCGGAUAUCCUAGUGAGAGCCUCUUCCAUAAUUUUUACUCCCUACGUGUUCUUUGCACCCUUCCAUAUCUCUAGUUUCCCUCUCCCCUGACUCUCAUUCUCAAGAAGGAUCUCGAUCCAAAAUGUCACCCAUUUGUUUCCUCCAGAGAUGCUGCCUGUGCCACUAAGUCACUCCAGCAUUUUGUGUCUAUUUUCUACAACUAAGGCCUACAAAUUCUAGAAGAAUAGCAGAAAAUGUUGUAAUUACUCCACAGCUCAGACAGCAUAUGUGGAAGAAGAAAACGAGUUAAUAUUUCAGGUCUGGGACCUUUGCUGCCACUGUCCCUUUAAGACACAUCUGGGAAGUCCGUGUUUAUUUCCACUCCGUCUGGGCUGGAGGUUCUAACUGCCAGUCAUUAACAUAUUACAGAUGUGCGUGAACUGAAGCAUCCAGCAUCCGACGGAAAGAAAAUCAACAAGAAACAGGAGCCCAGAACAUCUCAGCAUCAAGCACAUGAAGCCUGAGGAGUGUAUGUAUCACACCGCCCAGGCAGUCUUUCCCAGGGAAACUGAAGGACGGGGAGAGAGAUACCAACACUCAGAACACUCCAGGAAAGCAGUGUUGGGCGGCAGGCGGCCGGGAGGAAGAGUCCACUCAACUCACAGCAGUCUCAUCAUGAGACUCCUGUGGACCUUCCGGUGGAUUCUGGUAACCUUCCUUCUCCCUGGCAGUGGUGGACAGAGUGGAGAUCAUGACGGAUUCCAGCUCGAUCCCGGGGAUUUGCUCUUCGCCCUGCCAUUGAAUGACUCUGCUGUGGCUGACGGUGUGGCUGAAUUCAUCUUGCAGGACCAGGAGGAAGUCUCCGACACCUGUUCCAUCACCCUGCUGACCCGCUCGGAGACCAGGGAGCAUGAGGCAACCCACCCGGCUACUCAAGAGGACCUGGGCCCGGUAAAGGGGCUGAUGGAGGGCACAAGCUCCAGCUUGGAAAGUCUGGUGGUGGCGAUGAAGGAGGAGAUUGGGAAAGGGAGCUACCAGUCAGUGAUCUCGAAGACCCUGCUGGACAUCAAGCUACAGAAUGAGGAGUCCAACAAUAUCAUGGCGGAUAUUGGGGCGAGCCUUGAGGCACAGUCCUCAGCAGACAGCCAUCUCACAAAGUUCAAGGAGAAGGUGGGGAAGAUGGAAGCAAUGCUUCAGUCCAUCCAUUGCCUUGCGAGCCAAGUAGAGCAGGUGUCAGAGGUUCUGGCCAUGGAACUGAGCCAAGACCUUGGAAAGUCACGCCAGCUGGAGUCUGGUCUUGGCCAGAAGAUGUACUGAGAGGACCCCUGCUCCCUGUCACGGGUCGCCCACACUCGUUCUACUCCAGGCAGGGACUGGCACUUGAGAAGCGAGUGGUUUCGGCCUUCAAACAAGCAAAAUAGAUGUCAACAACUCCCGGAAAUGUUUAGAAGCCAAUUUAUCAGCUUUGCAAUGAUGAAGACUUCAGCAAGUGAUGAACUCUGUAAUGAAAACCCCACUUGGAUCCCAAACUGAAACAUCACCUAUACGUUUUCUCCAGAGAUGCUGCCUGUUGUUGUUACUCCAGCAUUUUGUGUCUUUCUUUGGUAUAAAUAUGCAUCUGCAGAUUCACCUGAUCCUGUCCCAUGCUGUGUAAAGAACUGAGGUGAGGCUUCCCACAUCCAAUCUCACUCCACUCUCACUCCACUCCCACUCCUCUCCCACUCCUCUCCUACUCCUCUCCCACU